CAACUCCCUAAAAUGAUAAAAGAAAUCAGCAGUUAGGGCCACCGCCGCUCGGCGCCUCGGCAACAGCAGUCGAUCUCCCGCCGCCGUUUGGCCCAGCCAGAGCCAUCGUCGUCGCUCGCCCCCUCUACCAUAGAUCUCACGCCGUCGCGCUCCCCCGGCCAAUGAUCUGACGCUGCCGCAACUCGCCCCCAGCCCGAACUCCGGCGUCGCCCGACUCUGAUCCCCCGCCGGCCCUCCGGCCAGAGCUCCACCGCCGCUCGACCACUCCUCCUAGACAAGUUCCCCCGCCGCUUGACGCUGGUCGCCUCCCUACAGCGCAAGCUCCUCUGCCACCUGACGCCGGUCUGCCCCAGGCCAAGCUCCCCGAUCCCCUGACGCCGGUUGCAGCCCGACAUCGCUCCCCCCAAUGCCAGGCUCCGCCGGUUGUAGCCCGACACCGCUCCCCCCAACGCCAGGCUCCGCCGGCCGCAGAAUACUCUACCCGGACGACUCCUCUCUCACUUUGCUGCCGACCUUGGCAAUGAGCUCGCCGACACACCUCUGCUGCUAGGAGCUUGUCCACAGUGAUACACUGUAUUGGUGAAAUUUGACAAAUGUUGAUAAAAUCAGUGAAUACUUUUUGGUGAUUGGAUGAGAAUUGUUGUUAAAAACAGUGCGGACUGUUGAUUCGAUGGCAAUUGUUGAUGACAUGAUAUUUUUUGAAGUUGAUCUGGUUAGGGGGAGCUGCAUAUGUCAUGCCACACAAGAGUAUUUUUCUUUUUUUAGCAAGAGAAACCACUGGAUAUUACUUAGAUUUUUAGUAACUGGUUAUACCAGCUAGCCUUCUGUUCUGCUGUUUCUCAAGCAUUGGGGAAUAUACAUCCAUAUUUGUCAUUUAUGAUAUUUUCUUUAUGUACUUCACAAAAUUCUAUUACUCUAGUAAAGACACAUCUCCACUUAUGUUUUCCAGUGUAAGAUGAAAGAUUGGGUAGAUCCUAUUAUACCAUUUGAACCUUAGUAUCUAUUGCACAGUUUAAAAUAUUCAUAUAUACCUAUGUUUAAUGUACAAGAGCAUAUGGAAAUUACAAACUGAUCGAUUUUGCUUUCAUUACUAUGAGUGGUAGCUCAGCUUUGAGAAUGUUGCAGGGCAGAGUGUUUCUCUUAGGAAAAAAGGUUGUUGUGGCAAAGAAAGGGAAAGGGAAAAAGAAGGGCAAAGACAGUGAAAAAGCAACUGAAGGUCCUGAAAAACAGAAGCGUAAAAGAGCGCCUAACAAGAAAUCAGGUAACGUCGCACGUAAACCUGAGAAGAAGCCUGAGGAUUGUUUCAAAAAGAAGUCAAUAUUCUUUGAUUUGGAAUACUGGGGGUACAACAAGUUAAGGCAAAAUCUAGAUGUAAUGCAUAUUGAGAAAAAACAUCUGUGAAAAUUUAAUUGGAACCUUACUGGAUAUUGAUUCUAAAAUAAAGGAUGGCCUUAAUGCACGACUUGACUUGGGAGAAAUUAGAAUUCGAUCUAGCCUUCAACCUGAUGAAGGUGAUAAGGGUAAAACUAAAUUGCCGCAUGCACCUUUUAAUAUGUAUAAAGAAAAGAAGGAGAUUCUUUGUACAGUGAUUAAGAAUUGUAGGACACCUGAUGGUUAUGCAUCAAACUUUCGAGGUGUGUGAACAUGAAAGAAUUAACAUUGACUGGCCACAAAAUCCACGACUGUCAUGUUAUUCUAGAAGACAUCCUUCCUGUGGCACUUUUAAACUGUUAUCCCAGUAAAGAUGUCAUGAUAAUAGUUGUUGAGCUGGCUAAUUUCUUCAAGAAGCUAUGCUCCAAAGUGUUAGAUGUCUCUGAGCUUGACAAACUGCAAGAGAGUAUUGUGAAGACACUUUGUAAUAUGGAAAAAGUUUUUCUUCCAUCGUUUUUUACUGUCAUGGUACAUUUGAUGGUGCAUUUAGUUGAAGAAGCUAAACUUGGUGGCCCGGUGCAUUACAGGUGGAUGUACCCUCUAGAGAGAUCAUUUGUUUGGCUAAAGUCACUUGUGCGCAAUAGAACUUAUCCUGAAGGUUCUAUUGCUGAAGGAUAUAUUGUUGAAGAAUGCUUGACCUUUUGUUUAAGAUUUCUAGAAGGAACCACACGUUUCACGAGAACAUCUAGGAACCCUGAUCCUUCAGAUAAUACAAAGGGCAUGUACAUGUUUGAUAGUGUUGGUGAGCCAAUUGGAAAGGCUGUCACUGUAGGCCAGUUGGACGAUCAGCUUCUAGUUCAAGCACAUCGAUAUGUCUUGCGACACUGUGAUGAGCUUGAUGAUCUCCGUAGAGAAUUUGUGGAUCAAGAGAAGAGGAAGCCGGGUAACUUAAAUUUGACGGAUGAUGACAAUCAGGAUUUGAUUAGUAGACACUUUGCUGACUGGUUGGAACAAAAGGCUAUACUAGAUGAUGGACCGGAUAUUACAGAAAAGAUAAGAGCAUUAGCCGCAAAACCAAGCAAAUGCGGGGUGCGCUAUAGUGGCUAUAUAAUUAAUGGCUUCUAGUUUCAUAAUAUCAGUCGCGAGACAGGACGCGUGACACAAAAUAGUGGUGUCGUGAACCUUGCUGAAAAUGGUGUCCUAUUAUGGCCGGUUAUCUGACAUCUUCGAAUUGUCAUACAGAGAUUACAAGGUGGUGCUCUUCAAAUGUGAUUGGUAUGAUGUUCAUCACAAAGCUGGUAUUUAAGAGAUGAGUUUGGAUUCACUCAUGUGAACUUCUCCCGCAAAAUACAUACAUGGGAGAAGUUAGAGGAUGAUCCUUUUGUAUUUUCUUCCCAAGUGGACCAGGUAUUUUAUAUCCAACAUCCGAGAAGUGAGAAUUGGAAUACCAUGGUGAAAUUCGAACCUCGUGAUAUUUUUGACAUGGGUGGAGAACCAUCUUCUGAUGAAACAGAUUAGUCUUUGUGCUUUCAGCUUGUUAUCGGCAGCUAAGAUAUAGGUUGAGCACUUGUCAUCCAUGCUCCUUGGUAGAGUUGCUCCAAUAUAACUAUUCUAGCUGGGCGGAUCUUCUUCAGAAUAUAUUGUUCCCUGUGUUACUCUGUAAUGAACGAGUCCAUGGUCUUUUUUAAUGCAUAUUUUCCCUUUUGUUA